UUGUGAGACGUCACUGAAACGUCAACUGUCAGGUUAUGGUCCCCCGUCAGUUAUAGUAAAUGAAAACUAAUCAAGCCCCUUAGCAAUGUUUUUAGAGAGUUUAUAGUAUAUGUUUGUUAUGUUAUUUAUUUAUAGUUUUGUGCGUUUUGUUACGUUGUGCUUGUUUUACUAAAAAUGCAUUUUUCAAUUCCUGACACACAAGAAUUAAAUGAAGGAAAUGGGUCAACCUACAUCGGCUACAAUAUCCACAUAAACGGAAUCUUCCAUUGCACCGUUCGCUACAAGCAACUGCACAAUUUACAUGAACAGUUAAAAAAGGAAUUUGGUAAUGACAAUCUGCCUACAUUCCCUCCAAAAAAGCUACUUCCCUUAACUGGAGGUCAAUUAGAGGAACGGCGUGCUUUGCUUGAAAAGUACAUACAAACAGUGGGGCAAGAUUCUAAACUCGUUUCAUCAGAAUUACUAGUAGGAUUUUUGCUGUCUGCCCAGCAAGAAACAACAUGCGAGAAAAGACAGGAAAUUAAUUUAGAAGUGUACACUAGCAAUAAUUAUCAAAUUCCUAUUACUGUGUCAACAUUUGAUCGCACUGAACAAGUUCUGACUAAAGUUUGCAAACAAAUCAACCUACCCUUGGAAUACAUGCAAUACUUUUCUUUAUAUUUAAUUAAGAAGGAUAACAAUGGAGAUUUAGUUGUACUAAGGAAGCUCCUAGAUUUUGAAUCACCAUACAUGACGCAUAAGACUGUCAGAGAUUCAAACAGAAUUGUGAUACGUAAAAGCUAUUGGGAUAGCAAUUAUGAUCAAGAACUUAUGACAGACCCCAUUGCGCUCAAUCUUUUGUAUGUUCAAACUGUAACAGAUGUAGAAAGAGGAUGGAUAAACUGUACUAAAGAAAUUAAAAUGCAAUUAUCGAACCUUCAGUCAAAACUAGCGAAACGCGAAUACAUAGAAUUAGCGCGAACAUUAAAGUAUUAUGGUUUUAUGCAAUUUAUGCCGUGUUACUGUGAUUUUCCAAAGCCUCAAACCAAAGUCCUUAUUGCGAUAGGUGAUCAAGAGCUAAGUAUGCGUCUAGUAGGACCUGGACAGUUCGUCAAAGAAGGCUGUUUUAAAGUAACUAGGAUGAGAUGUUGGCGUAUUACAGCGACUCACAAUAAACAAGAUAUGGCAGCUAACAGUCAAGUGAACAUGAACUCUGGCUUAGAAUUGUCGUUUGAAUACUUGAUGUCAAAAGACAAACUGCAAUGGAUAACUGUGUCAAGCGAGCAAGCCAUUUUAAUGUCUGUGUGUCUUCAGUCUUUGGUUGAUGAACUGUUAAUGAAGAAAAAUGGAAUUCAAAAGAAACAGCCAGUAAUAAAUAAAGGGAAUUGGUCUUAUAUGAAAAGAGAUGGUUCCUGUCAUUUAAUUUCUUUAGAUGAUGUCAAUUCAAAUUCAAGGGAUGACACUUCUACUCAAAAAUAUCAAGAAUCCUUCUCCAUCAAAAAACUCCAAGAAAAAUUUUCAAGUGUGUCUUUCAAGACAGGCAAAGAAUUUAUCGAAAAUCACGCAUUUGAAGGAAUAGGCGACGAAGAUUUAUAGAUUGACGAUUUUAUUGAUUGUUUUGCUUUGGUAAAUGAAUGUUGUUAAAAUGUGGGUUUUUUUAAGGUGCUAUUUUUCAAUGUGUCCAAAAAUUUAUUGCCAUUUACAAUAACUAAAUUUGGCAAAAUCAUAGAUCAUGGGGUAAAGUUUUGGCCUCAUACAGUCCAUUUUACGUGCCAAACUUAGAAAUAAUGAACAUAUUUUACUAAAGCAGCAAUAUAUUCAUAUUUUGUAUAUUAACAGGUGAACAUGUAAGAUGACUAAUUCUUUAUCAAACAAAUCUAAAUUGCGGAAUUCUGACAAAAUGCUCAAAUUUUAUAUUCCCUAUUUGUUUUAGUACCUGACCGAUUAUAUUAAAAAUAUGCAUUUUCAACUUUAUAAAUACAUCCUUAUGUAUCUAAUUUUUUAUAUAUUUUUUAUAUGUAUUAUAUAAAUCUUAUAACGUGUGUUACUCUUUUGUUAAUCUCAAUCUGACAAACUUUACAUUCCUGUAGAGUUUUGAUCGUCCAAACGAUAAUGAUAAUUUUUUAUAUACAUCUCAAAUGUAUUUUAACAAUCUGUGUGUGUAUGUAAUAUUUUACAUUUAAAUUUUAAAUAAAUAACGACUUUAUAUAAA